AUGGAGCCACUGCCCAGCUUGCUGGUGAACCGCUCCCCAGAGAGGCCUGCUGGAAAGGUGGCCAGGGAGUUCCUGACAGUUAGCCGUGAGGUGCACCGGCUAAAGGUCGCCUGCAUCUCCACUCCAGAGGCUGGUCACCUCGUCCCUGCAGUGCAGAUUGCAAAAGCCCUGGCUCGGCGAGGGCAUCAGAGUGCCCUGGUCACCUUAGACUGUGCCCGAGAGAAGUUCGCGAAAGGCUGCGAGGCAGCCGGCUGCGAGUUCGUCGGCCUGGCGAGGGGCAUCCAGGGCUCGGAUGCCGAGAGUGGACUGGCCGCUGAGCUGACGUCGAAAGGGCUCUUUGGCAUCCUCUUCAGGCACUAUGACCAGGCGAUGAGGGAGGAAUUUCGAAGCUGGCUACAGUCGGAGCAGCCAGACGUCGUCGUGGCAGACAUGGUGACUUUGGCAGCCGUAGAGCCUGCGAGGGAAUGUGGGAUCCCUGUCAUCUUGAAUGUUCCGGGGCCGCUGGAGCUCUUCAAGAACAUGGGCAUCUCGCUUGUGCUGAUGCUUUGCGCCAUCUCCUUCCUCAAAACACGGAGCUUCACAGACACCAGAAUCAUGCUGCAGGUAUUGUUCGAUCUCAUGCCUGCAUUCAGCACCCAGCUAUGCUUGGUGAACAGUUUCUUCGGCCUGGAUGCUGCAUGGCCAGUGCCUCCCAACAUCGUCAUGACCGGCUCAACAGCCCCAAGACCCUCUUCGAUCUUGCGGGAGACCUCGGAUGAACGUUUCAAUGCGUGGUUGCAGCGAGUCCGCGGCAUGGGGCUCCGGAUCAUCUACGUGACCAUGGGCAGCAUGCAGGUUUUGGAGCCCUUCCAAGUACGAGCCUUGUUCGAGGGUCUCCAGGCAGUGUCGCCACGCUGUGCAGUGGCUUGGUCUUUGAAGUCGGAGCAACAGGAGAAGUUGCCGGUCGGCAAAGAGGCAUUGCCUGCACACUUCUUUAUCCAGAAAUGGUUACCGCAGGGCGAGGCAUUGGUCCUGUCACCGCCAAAACUCACUGCCGCUGCUGUCACCACCGCCGUCAGCAAGGUCCUUGCUGAUGGCAGCUACGCCCAGCGAGCUUUGGAGCUGCAGCGGUCGAUGCUGAAGACCGGAGGCGCAGAGGCGGGGCAAGACACGACCGUUUUAGCAGCUCUGGUUUUGUCCACAACACCGGCGCUCUCCGAAGUUAAAUGCAAAUCAUGCCUUGGUGAUGUGAUGACAUCCGUCCUGGACCAGUGCACCGCAGACCGAGAGAUUCUGUGCAGGCCUGUGUAG